GGGAAAAAAAGCAAAGCAGUGCACACAUACACACUGUGGCCUGGUCCAGUCUACUCUGGGGAUUAACCAAGCACUGCUUUCAGAUGUUCAGAUGGGAUGGAGGACGUACAGGCAUGAAUAGGGCUGCCGCGUCAUCUGUGCAAAUGCAUGCCAGUGAUGGACUACAGCCCCACAGACGCUAACCGUCGCCGGUGUUCACACAACCGCAUUCCUUUUCACUAAGACCAGCUCCACAGAAUGCUGAGUCCCAUUGUCCCCUAUAGCAUAUUAAAGAUGCACUGGAACCCAGAGCAUGCCCAGCCCCUCAGCCAGUGGCCUGAGCAACACCUGGAUGUCUCCUCAACAACUUCGUCUCCAGCACACAAGUCAGAAUUCUACUCCGGCCGCAGUCGCAGCUCCUACAACUACUCUUGGGCAAACGACGACAUCUCUGCCCUUACUGCUUCCAAUCUGCUGAAGCGCUACGCUGAAAAGUAUUCUGGGGGACUCGACUCGGCGUACGACCGGCCACCCGCCGUGGGCCCCUACUCAGAGCCGAGUGCCUUUGGGGGCCUCACUGGUCAGAAGACUGAACUGGAGCCUUGGCCUCUAACACACAGCACUGAUGCAUCUUAUUCCCUCGUGCCUCCUGGAGGCCACGACAACCUGCCCACAUCCAAGGCUGUGUCCACGAGUGCAAGCCCUGCUGGAAAUAGCAGCGCAUCGGUUGUAAACAGCAGCCUCUCCGACUCUGGCUACAGCGGCGGCAGCUCCUGCAGUGGCUCCAACGACUACCCUUCCAGCUACAAUGGCACCUAUCUCUCAUCUGGAUACUGUCCCCAACCCGGUGCAGCACUUCCUCCUGCCUCCCUUCACACACUUCAAUCCACUCCCACUCUUGUACCCAGCUUUAGCCCUACAGCACCUGUCUACAGCUACCCCCCCAGCACAUACCCUCCUCAGAACAGCAUCGCCCCCAGCUAUAGCCACCCCUCUGCUACAUACUUGCCCUCAAGUUUGCCAACACCCACUCCUGUUCCUCCGAGGCCCUCUGUGGUAGGAGGCAACUACAGUUACCAGAACGCCAACAUUGGCACAUCAGAGUCCAGUGGGGGGAUGAAAAGAAAAGCAUUUGAGAUUGCUGUAGAAGAGAAUGAAGUUGGGGAUAGCACUUGUUACAGGAAAUACAGCUAUGACCCGCUGAAGGACGGUGGGAACUCACCGUACAGAGUAAGUGACAAAACAGAGUGUCGCGGAAACAGCUUUAGUUCAGCAGUUAGCACAGAUCCACAAAACUUUAAGCCCAGCAAGGCGUCCUCACAACCCCUGGUAUCUCCUCAGUAUGGGACAGGUGGAGAGUACAGUCCUCCUGCUGGCCUCACAGGAGAUAAUGUGGUGGCAGAGCAGACCUUCACUGAGCGGCAGCAACAGCGCUCUAAGGCCCACAAAAGCUCUUCAUUAUGCAGCCCAACUAUUGAGACUCUGAAGAGUCUGGACCCCCGCAUGUUGGACUAUAUUAACGGGGACAUUUUGGACUGCAGCCCAGCUCUGAGCUGGGGUGAGUUGGCUGGCCUCACCCACGUCAAGGCUGCCUUAGAAGAGGACCUGCUGUGGCCCCUACUAAGGCCCAGUGAAGUGGUACAAACACCAAGAAGCAUUCUGCUUUUUGGUCCCCGCGGAGGGGGUAAGACCACAUUGACUCAUUCCUUGGCCACACAAAUUGGAGCUUCACUGUACCGCCUGAGUGGCGCCUUGUUAGCCUUGAAAGGAAAGGUCGAGGCAGAGCACAUUCUGGGAUCUGUGUUACAGGUGGCGAACGCACGGCAGCCAUCAGUGGUGUUGCUCAGCCAAGUAGAAACCAUGGAGGAAGAGGGCCUGAGACAGACACUGCGGACCUUCUUGGAAAAGGCCCAGUUGAGCACGGGUUUGGUGGUUGUUGUGUGCGCCACCGGCCGGCCAGAUCUGCUGCAAGACACGCUCCAUCGCAGCUUCGCAAAGCGCUAUCACGUCGGCCUGCCGGACGCUGCCAUGCGUAGACAGGUGCUGCUGCAAGCGCUUUCGCCUCAGGGCUACAAUCUGAGUGAGCGGGAGCUGAAUGUGGUGCUGCAACGUACUGAAGGCUACUCAGUUUGGGAACUGCUACAACUCAGCCAGCAGGCUCUCUCAUCAGCAUCAGCCCCCUCUGGAGGUAUACAUGGAAAAGCCCCAGCCUUCCCAGACUUUGAGAAUGCAUUUUGCAAGGUGCGCGCACACAGCACUGCAAAAGAGACAGACACAUGUGUAGAGUGGAGCAAGAUGUAUAGCCACUGAGUGCUUAGCCAGUCAUUGUACUUAAGCCCACCCUUGGAAAUUUUGGUUCUUUUUAAAAAGUGUUUUAAAUUGAAAUUCUUGCAGCCAAGAGUCAGCCAAGCUUACAGGUACAAGAAAGCUGAAAACAAAUUUACUUUACAGGCAUUUAGGAGUCUAUGAAUAGCCACAAUAUAUCCUUUUUUCCCCCCAAAGAAAAGAUUUUUUAACUAGCCUUGAGAAGUGGUGUGGCAUCUAAUGGGGAAAUCAAAUGGCUAUUUGUAUACCUACAGUUCCUAUUUAGCCUGGGUCUAGGACAAAAUCAAUGAUUUCUUCCCUGGCUAUGUGGUCCAAGGUAAUGGAUAAUCAGGGUUUGGAAAAUACCCCCAUUUUUCUGCUCCUCUCAGGAUCCUAUUUAUUGCCAGUCCACAUCCUGGUACUCACUCAAGCUUGUGUUCAUCUUUGCUUUGGGAUCAACAACAUUCUUAGACCAAAAACACAACAAGCCAAAUGUUCUAUUGUUCUAAUCAAACCACAUGACAGAAUCACAAUGCUAGCUAGCUGUUCACCAAAUACUCCACAAUUAUGCCAUCUAGUCCAAAGUUUCAAUACAUGUCUCUUCAUUGACUUGACAACAAAACUAAUUAUUAAAUGGGAUCAAAUGUUUGGUUUGGCUGUCCUUAAAUUUCACAUCCACUAAACGAAUGGCACGCACAUUCCUUCUCCACUGCUGUGGUCCCCCCUGCACACCACGUGUUUGUCUGGGUUUUUUUCUAUGUUGUCUUGUUGUUUGAAAUGCUCAGGAAGAAUGUCUUUACCUCAGAUAUAAGAAAUAAAGAAUGUAUGAAAUCUUUGGGGUCUUGGUGGUGAGAGCAAGGAGAAAGCCCCUGAAAAGACACUUUGCAGCUGGGCUUUAUCCUCAGGAGAGAAACUUGAAUAUGGUACAAGAGUCACAUUGAAUGUAAUUCAGGUAUUUCAAAGGAUAUUUGAUGCCAUAAAUCCAUUUAUUAUUAUAUAUGAAUAUAUUAAUGUCUUUCUUUUAAGGUUCUAUUCUAUGGUUCUAUAUGGUUCCAUUUUUUUUAUGUCAUGGUGGGAUAAUAAUUGUCUUCAAGAAUUAUUAAUGUAGGAUACAGAAGUUAAUUUUUUGUUGCACAAACUGCUUUUUAUUGUUUGACAAAAAUAUGUGAAAAGUCCAAUUUGAAGGGUGUAAUUGUUUUAGGUGAAUCCAUUAAACGCGCCAAAUGUGCCAUUAGUUUUCAUUGCAAUUAUGUUUGCUACCAGAGGAGUACGAUAUCAAUCCAUCUAUCCAUUUUUAUAGUGCUUAGGGAUUGCAGGUGAACUAAUUAGGCAAGGGAGGCAGUAUAAUCUGUUUAACAGCCAAUCACACAUCACAUACUGACCAACAGCCAGUCACAGUUACUUUCAUACAUUUGAACAAUAAAAGGGCCUUUAAUGAACUUAACCUGAAUUUUGAUUGGGGAAGAGAGCACCCGCUUCAUAGAGUGAAUGGACAAAAGUCUUGGGACACACUACCUAACCAGUUAUUGUUAUCAUCAUACUAUAAUUCAGCGGAAUCUGUCGGUCUGGCUUCAUUCGGGGACCAUAAAUCACAUGGUCACAAAACGGUCGGAGGGUGAAUCUUGGCCAGAGAAAAAAUGUUUUUUAAGCGAUUGGUCAAGAAAUGGCCUUAAAACCACCCAAAAUAUGAUAUGAUAUAAAUCAGACAACACAAAUCAUUAUUUCCGCCACAGAAACCAACCAGUCCCCAGUGAUAGAAAGAGUGAAUACAAAUUUUGUAUAAGAGAUUGGUAUAAAAAUAAAUGGCCUAAAAUUUAUCAGAAUUGCUAAAACUGUUAUAGCUUGCCAAGAAAAAUUAAAGAGUAACUUCUGUCGUUUAUUGUGUCAGUGUUUUUCGGACAAGCAGGCCAGCCAUGCUAUCUAACUCACAGGUGUCUGGGUUCUAAAGAUUAGUUGCGUGUUGCCAUAUUGCUGUGGUCGAGGGGACGAAGCUCACAGCUGAAGGGUGGGUCACCAUAAUCAUGAGAUGGAAUAGACAUCCCCAACUGUCUAUUAAAACAUCUUGGACAGUUCAAAUUUUGAGGCAACAGUUGUUCAACAGUUCGGUACCAUAAGUCGUGCUUGGAUAAGUUUGCUGUGGGAGCUCCUAAGAGCACUGACCUCUUUUUCAAUUGAACCAAAAUCAUUUUCACAGCCUGGUGUUGUCAUACUUUUGUCUAUAUUUAACCCCUGGCUGAUGAGAUUGAUAUAAGAUUACUGCCUCUCUCCCUUUCCUUCCUACAUAAUUUUCAUUGUCAUAAGACUCAAAGUGCAGUUGCCGUGCGGCUUCGUAGCAUCUCCACGCACCCUGGCAUCCUUCAUCUUCCCUGGAAGAGCUGUGAUUUAUGUUUCAGUCGGACCACAGCACCGGGUGAAAUAUAACGCCAGCUGGCAAAAUGAAGCGUGACCAAUGUGCAACAAACUCAAAUUAGAAUUACUCCCAAAAUAUUCAUCAUGACUCUUAAGCAGAGUAGUUUGUCCAACAAAAAACUGUUUUUUCAUUGUACACCUUGUUCAGAUCUGUAUAGUUGUUCCUGUAACAAUUUCUACCUCAUUUCUUUGCGGCAUAUUGUACAUGAAAGUAUUUAUUUCAUGUCUUUUGUUGAUGUUGCUGUUUUUUGAAAUUGAUGUUCUUGAACUGCAAUGUCUACCUCAGAAAGACUGUAUUUUAAAAGAAGAGUAUCACACAAAUAUUAAACAGAAGUUGUCAAUA